AGAACAUAAAUUACUUCUAAUUUUAGUUUUCCCAUUGAGUUUGAGAGUUAUUCAUUAGAAGAGUAACAAACCACCAUAAAAGCCUUCUCUAUGAAAAUGACAAAAGCAAUAGUUAGGUGUUUUAUUUCCAAAACAAAACGUCGUUAUGUAUAAAGGAUUUCAAAUUGAAAGGCUUAAGAGUUAUUCAACAGACUUUUGUUGAAAGUUGACCAUUCAUUGACACGCGUGAAUAACAAACAAAAAAACUCAAUACGCCAAUACUACAAAUUUAUAAAACAAAAGUCGCUUAGCAGUGCGGACUAGAGAUGAGCGGAUAAAUUUAACUCCAAAAGAUCAAAGGAUUUUGCCUUCUCCUUGGCUCGUCCUCGAGUGAGACUUGCGUUAUGGCGAAAAUUGAGAAGUUAGAUGACGAACAACUCAGUUUGGCUUACAGGAAGGCGGACUUGCGAAAUAAGGGUUCCUUAAAUAUCACCGAAUUCAAGAACGCGCUGCACACACUUGGAGAAGACGUAAAAGAAGACACACUCGCAGAACUUUUAAAACGCGCAGGUAUCGAAGAAGAUGCUGGGAUAUCAUACGGGAUGUUUCUUACCCUCGUUCGCCGAUUGGCUAAAGAACAAAGGGAGCAAAAAUGUUUAAACCGCGUGUUUAAUGAGUUCGACCACGAUAGCAAAGGUUAUAUUCUACCGAGUAACAUCCGCCGAGUUCUUAUAAAAUUCAACAUCGACCCCAACGAGAGCGAGAUCGAGCACAUGAUGGAAGCCGCUGACACAAAUGAGGAUGGCAAAGUGGAUUUUGAGGAAUUCAUGCACAUAUUUUCUAAAAAUUAAUUAUGGAGGCCGCUAAAACAGAUGAGGAUGUAGGGUCGUAGCAGGGGGUAGGGCACUGGGGGUACGUGCCUCCCCCCCCUUCAUAUUUCUGUAUCGUCCCCCUCCCAAUAAUUCGAGGUCUGCUACGGCUAUGGGAUGGCAAAUUGGACUUUGAGGAAUUUGUGCACAUAUUUUCUAGGAAUUAAUUAUGGAAACCGCUGAUACAGAUGAGGAUGGCAAAGUGGACUUCGAGGAAUUCAUACACAUUUUUUAAGAAUUUUUAAGAACAUUAUAUAAAUCAGUUAACAUUUGAUUUUGAAAAAGAAUUCCAUCUAAAAAGAUUUUUAAAAUUUUAAUGUUAGAAAUAAUACAGUACUAUCUUUACAUUACUUAUAUUUAUUCUCGCGAAGAAAAUUGUUGCAUUUUCUUAAAUAUUCGCAUUAUGCACUCCACUUUGACAGUCUGUAACACCUGAUAUGCUACACGCGCGGAAAUAACUAUAUAAUGAGUCACGAGACAUUUCUAACAUUGGAGAUAUCUACUUUCCAUGAUCAGCUGUAAAUCUUUUUUAAUAUUUGAAAAUUUAUUUCACAGGAGAAAAGAAAAAAGGGGAUAGAAUAGCGUUUGCAUUUAAGAAUUAUUUUUAAUCCACCAAAUAUCUAUUUAUACGUAAAGAACAACAAUAUAUUGAAUAGGAACGUCUUACCUCUCUCCCUUUGCUUGUAACGAGCGCUGCGAGAGGUUUUGCGUAGAAACGUGAGUGCGAGAAACCAAGACAUCCAUACAUGCUGAUAAAGACAAUAGAAUAUCCGUUUAAAUGGGCGUGCGAAAUUUCAUUUGGUAAAAUUUACCAUCGAAGCAAUAAAUCAGAGCAAACUUUUGUACUACUAAAUUGGAAUUUUGUUAUGUUUCCAACCAACGCCCCAAGGGUGACCUCCAUUCAAACCAACCUUUAUUGCACAAGUAUUAAAUCAAUAAAAUUACUUAAUCUCUGUGA